GUUAUAAAGUAUUGUUGAAAAAAGAGAAAACAUGGCAAAUCUUCCACUUCUGUUGAGCUUGGCUGACGAUCUCAACCGUCUGUCGAUGGUGCCAUUCUACGACACUCCUUACUACUGGCAGCGCCAAAACCGUAAUCCGCUCCUGGCAUUGGCUGCAGUGCCUCUUGACCAGCAGCUGCGCCAGUUAGAGAAACAAGUGGGUAGCAUUGGUCCAGUAUCGAAGAUUGGCAAGGAUGGUUUCCAGGUGUGCAUGGACGUCGCACAGUUCAAGCCCAGCGAACUAAACGUCAAAGUUGUGGACAACUCGGUCAUCGUCGAAGGCAAGCAUGAGGAGAGAGAGGACGAUCAUGGCUUCAUCACUCGUCACUUUGUGCGCCGCUACGCUCUGCCCGAUGGCUAUGAGGCCGACAAAGUAACUUCCACCUUAUCCUCUGACGGUGUGCUCACUGUCAGCGUGCCGAAGCCAGCGGCCAUCGAAGAUAAGAGCAAUCCUCGUGUUGUCCAGAUCCAGCAGGUGGGACCUGCCCAUCUCAACGUGAAGGAGAACGCCAAGGAGCAGCCAGAGCAAGAAGCCAAAGCCGAGAAAUGAACUGAGCAUCUCAUAAGUUAACCUAUUUUUAGUGUGUAGAUCACAUUAUUA